CGCAUCGAGAAGUGCACAAAUCAGCUCUUACUUUUCUUCGUACUGUGCACACGCGUGAGGUUUGGUUUUGUUUGUGGACCGACACGCUUGCCCAUUGCUGGAGGACGAGCCACAGCCGAUUGCUGUCCACAGUCUAUUUCAACUUCAACUCGAGCUUCAUUCCUUCACCAACUGUUAACCACAGCAAUGUAUACCAUGCAUGAGCUGGUGUCAGACUUUGGCAGCCAAGAAUUCUCUCUAACUGCACGACUCGUCGAGGCACUUUCUCCUACCAGCUCCUUAUAUGGUGUUCUUUGGCCAAUAAUCAUGGAACAGGCGACUGAGAAGCAACAAAAGCGCCUCCGCUAUGUUAACAAGUUCCUGGACGAUAUUUUCCGUCGUAUUGUCUCUAAACAGAUAAAAGAAGAGUAUUUGUGCACUAUGGAAUAUAAAAAAAAACGUUAUCGGGGCAAGACAGUGAGCCUCGACUUGUCGGCUGUCGGCCCUUACUGGGCAGCAUGGGGUGGGAAAAGGGUAUAUUUCGGAAGUCAUGAUCAAUUUCGCAAAUUCUGUGCUCUUGGGGACGUCGACCCAGACUUGGGUGCCUCUCAGUACGACCGGAUUUAUCCAGACAUACCUGGCUACCGUUCGGAUCAGGAUGGUCCCAAGGAAACUUCCUGGAUAUUCAUUUCACGCGAUCGCGACGUUUUGUUCGAGACAAGUUCGAAUAAUCCGAACCUGGACAAAUAUGCAUAUGCACAUUAUUUCGGUAUUUCAGGGAGGGCAGAUAAGGUGAUACGCAUGUGGGAGUAUUGGAUCAAUGCACUAGACGUGUCAUGGGAUUAUCGCAGCUUUGGAUAUCGAGCAGCAAUUUGAGGUCAAAUGCAAUGGCCGACAUUCCAUAAUAGUAGUACGGCUUUAUCAAAGAAUGCCGUAAACAAAUGAAAAUGCGGUUUGUCUUUGGUGCCCUAUUUUGAUUGCGAGAUGUGGUGACAUUCGCCCUGAUAACAAAUAUCAUAAAC